GCUCUGCCAAUCAUUAUGGCCUGCUGCUUGGAGUCUGCCCUGCUGCUACUGCUGCUGCACCUGCUGGGGUCUGCGAGCUCCACCGGCGGGAAUCGCUGCGUGGCCGCGGCCGAGGCGUGCACAGCAGACGCGCAGUGCCAGCAGCUGCGCUCCGAGUAUGUGGCACGAUGCCUGGGCCGGGCGGCGCCCAAGGACUGGAGCGGACCCGGGGGCUGCCCCGCGCCCGGCUCCCGCGACAGCUGCCCGGAGGAGCGGGGUCCGCGUUGUCGCCUCGCCUAUGCGGGCCUCAUAGGCACGGCGGUCACCCCCAACUACCUGGACAACGUGAGCGCGCGCGUUGCACCCUGGUGCGGCUGUGAGGACAGCGGGAACCGGCUGGAAGAGUGCGAAGCCUUCCGCAAGCUCUUCACAAGGAACCCCUGCUUGGAUGGUGCCAUGCAAGCCUUUAACCCUUUGUGGCCCUCAAUUCUGCAGGACUGGAUGAAGCCCUACCAGAAUACUGGGCAUUGUUUCCCACAGGUGUCCUCGAUGUCUGUCCUCACUGCUUUGGCUCUCCAGGCCCUGCUCUGAUUAGGAAGGUGGCCCGUGGACAGCACAGCCCACUGCGCCCAGAAGUGAAACUUCCUUGUCCUCACAUCUCAUACACCUGUGUGCCUGCCCCUGAAUUGCGGGCUGGAGGCCAGGGUCCGACUGGGAAGCCUCUGGUUCCCCUGUCAGUAGGUGUCUUGGCUAUUUUCUUCCCCAUCCUUGAGAUGGUCACCUCACCGGGCCCCCAGGGCUUAUAGAGCAGGGCAGAGACUACCCCGACUCCUAGAAUUCAGAACUGCCCUCUUCCAAGCAGAUGAAGCACUAAGGAGAUUAUACGGAGUUAGCACCGCAGCCUGAAUACCCUCGCAGUCAGCAUUGCUCACCAUUAAGCCCUGCCCGUGCCCCAGGACGACCAGCGGCAUUGCUUGUCACCUACCUAUGACAAGCUACUGUAUAGCCAUUGAAGACUCAGCCCCGCCUCCAUCGGCAUCCUAUUGGCUGCACAGCCUCUUCCCUUAUGGUUUCCCUAGAACAGCAGCUCAAUAAACCCAUGUGCACCGAGA